UUUACACAGUUUUAUAUGGAUUCCUUCUGUUAUCUCAAUCCACCAUGACUUCACAUUGCCUUGUAAUCCUAACAAUUAGUCUCAUCUUUCCUCUUCCUUCUCUGGCUAGCAACGGUAAACUUGAAGUUUCUACAGUGGAAACAAACGAGUGGCAGACUGGCGUCAAAGCGAAAACCAUCAAGAAUGAGAAUGGAGUAGAAACUAGCAAUUACCUUGGAUCAUGGAAGGUUCAUCACAGACAUCAUUUCAGGAAUGCUCAUGGGAUUCUGAACAUGAUAGGAUGGGGAGCAUUUUUGCCCAUUGGAGUAAUUGUUGCAAGAUACUUCAGCAAAGCUCCCCUGAAAUGCGACGAAUGGUACAAUCUGCACAUACUCUGUCAGACUUCAGGUUACAUCAUUGGUGCAAUCGGAUGGGGUGUUGGGUUGUGGCUUGGGACUUCUUCCAAGCAACAGAGCACAAGUUUUAAAACGCAUAGGAUUCUUGGAAUCAUUAUAUUCACAUUGGCAACUCUACAAAUUCUUGCCCUGUGCCUGCAACCCAAGAGAGAAGGUGAUUAUCGCAGGUACUGGCAGAUAUACCAUCACCUGACAGGGUAUGCGUUGCUUGCUAUGAUAAUUGCAAACAUAUUUGAAGGGAUUCGUAAUCAAGCCCAUUCUGAGAGAUGGAAAUGGAUUUAUGUGGGAAUACUUGUAAUUUUGGGUUUUCUUGCAUUUCUAUUAGAAAUUUUAAGAUGGGUGAAGCCCAAAAUUCACCACCGGAUGGCUUUUCAUAUCAACAUUUGAUUUUUGUUCCACAUCAAAUAAAUUACAGAACAAUUGCAAUUAA